GCGGACUAUUCCUUGAACUAUAAUGUGCAUCAGUCCCGAGGCUUGAUUGAUAGAACUAGGUUUUCACCGUGUUAUCUUAUUCUAACUAAUUUCAUGUCAGGCCAACUGUUCUACAAUCAACUUUGUUUCUGCCCACAGUUAGCUAUUCUUUAAGUUCAGACUAUUCCAGACUUUUGACAGUAAAACCCACCAGAUCAUCAUCUGAAAUAACUGAAACAUUUCAGUUGCUUAUAUCCAGCUAUUGUAUUGUUUUGAAGUCAAUAAGUUUGCACUAGGCAUUCAAAAUGGUCCAUCGUUUCACUUUUCGCCUGGUUAUGAUUGUGUUUUAUGUUGUUCAAUCAAACAAACACAUGAAUUCACAAGCUGCUGAACCUACAGAAAGCCCUACUGAGGUGGCCAACGUUUGGACAUCAUAUGACCUCCAACUGUCCAGCUGUCCAGAAAGUGACAUGGGAAUCGAUACUCAACCUUGGCGAAAUAUACCUAACGGCGCAAAUGUUAUAUUAAAACCAGAAAACGCUGUUUGUAUUCUCGGCGAAGACUGCUUGAAAAUAAAUGAAAACGUUGCCCCAAAGAGUGAGACACGAAUCAGUUUGGACCUCCAGGAGGGCGACUGGUUAAACUUUCGAAUAUUUCAAAUGAGCGCCGACCAAACAUCAAACGACAGCGCUCAGUUACGAAUAACCAACGGCACUGAAGAUGAGAACUUUGGAUGUACAGAAAUGUCGUCAUCACUACACGUUGACGAAUGGAAAUUUGGGACAUUUAGGAAUUACGUCUUCAGAUUUGAUAUUCUUGUUCCAGGAAAAAAUUAUUUAAUCAUUCAUCUGAAGUCAACGGAAAUGCAAUGUGAGCUAGUGUGGAAAUUACAAGUGACUGUACGACCUUCAGAAUGUGCUUCAUCACCUGCAGAGGAAAAAUGCUCAGGAAAAGGGACCUGUGUCGCCGAUUCAGAGAAGAGUCGUUUCACUUGUCAAUGCUGCACGGGAUAUAUUGGUCGUUAUUGUGAAGAAAGAGAUGGUUGCCAUGGAAACCCUUGUAAUAAUGGUGGCUUCUGCGUUGAUAUUACAGAAGGACUUGUUGAUACCACAUUCCAGUGUCUUUGUCCUCAUGGCUACCACGGACAGUCCUGCGAUGAUGUAGUCAACCUUUGCGACAGUCAGCCUUGUUUGAACAACGCCACCUGUUGGGGAAACCAGACAACUUACAGUUGUGACUGUCGACCAGGUUUCUUAGGGAAGAACUGUGAUAUAGAUAUCAACGAGUGUUUUUCAAAUCCUUGUGUUCAUGGCGUUUGUGAAGAUGGAAACGGAGGUUACAAGUGUUACUGUUUACCUGGUUAUGGAGGUGACCACUGCGAAUUUGAAUAUGACGAAUGUGACUCUAGUCCAUGCAUCAAUGGUGGUUCUUGUGAAGACUUAAUUGCAGGAUACAAAUGUCACUGUGGUGCAGGAUACAAAGGUCGUAGGUGCCAAGUGAAGGUUGACUUGUGUCAGACAAAUCCGUGUCCUACUCCAGCACAGUGUGUCGACAAAGGCAAUAACUACAGCUGCAUAUGUUAUCGCGGAUAUAACGGAGCCGGAUGUACACAACAUUUUGAUCCCUGCUACCCCUCUCCAUGUGAGAAUGGAGGAACAUGUUGGCCUAGCGUUGACUCUUUCUUCUGUUCCUGUUUGCCAGAUUACACAGGAGAUAUCUGCGAAGCCGAACUGUUAAACUCAGUCAAACCUCUACCACAGACUCAAGAAAAAACAGAACAACCACAAAAAGGUUUUGUGGUCCACACUGAGAGUGUUUCCUUGGAGCACGUGCAAAAUAUUUAUAUUGCUAUCUCGACAAUCACUGGAAUCUUCCUGAUCGUUGUCGUUAUGGUGAUGUUCUAUCACUGUCGAGUACACAAGUCUUACCAACGAUUUAUCAGGAAACUUGGUCGAUCUCGUGCCGAAAUAAAACAACAAAAAUUCGACGAUCCUGACAAGUUUUCUUUACAUCUCCAAGAGAACGGCUCUGAUUUCAGAUCGUUUUCUGAUAGCACGUACGAAGCCACUACGGUAGACCUAACAGACACCGUAGACCGGCCACUCAUCGCCUGAAUCUUCAUUCAUUCUUGGUUUUCCUUCCGCCUCACAUCUUCGUCCCAGCUGAUUCAUCAGGUCAUUUUCUAUUUUCAAAACCUAAUAAUUAUUUGUGUGCAUAUGUUUUGAAUGAAGCUCAACCGAUAAUAAUAACUCGCAAAAUAAGCAUCAAGGAAACAUUGCACUGGAGAGAAAUAAUUUUCAAAUGAAAAUUAGUUUUUCACUAGAUGUGUUUAUACAAAUAAGUUGCUUCAAUAGUUGGGUAAUUGGACGAUGUUUCAAAUUUCUCUCGUAUUGAGGAAUAGGGGCAAAUUCAUGGUUGAAUUUUUAAUCCUGAGUCUGUCCGAGUUUUUAAACUCCUGGCAAGGCUCGAUCGGAGUUCCGGGGGGGGGGGGGCUUUACAGAUAGACCUAAGCCCGGGUACAGACAAGUCUUUUUAUGUUCAACCAUGUUUGACGUCUGAAUUAUAUGAAAAUCAGAUCCGACCUAGCCCGAGUACAUCACGUUUAUAUAAAUUAAGGUCCGAACGAAUUCAGUUUCAGACUUCUAUUGAAAAAACACACUGGCGAUCCGAAAUGUCGACCAGUUACUUAGAUUUCUAGGCUAGCUUCCCGUUGAAAAAUAGUUUUAAAUACAAAUUUGCAAAAUAAAGGAGAAGAACAUUAACGAGAUUACCACUGUCCCUAUCUACUAUCUAGCGAAACCACAGCCAAGGGAACGGGCUUGAAAAAAUUUACUAGGUAUAGUUUUAAGAAUUUCUAGGAAAGGAAGGAAAAUUGUUAAAAGUAAAAAUUAUCCUCCAAAUCAUAUGCUUAUUUUAAAUUUGACUUCCUUAAAAUGUGUGCUGUCUUUCAAAUACGUUAACCCGAUUAACUUGAAUAGAUGAUGUAUUUUGUUAAUAUUAGAGAGAGAAAAAAAAGAAUACAGUUUAUAAUACUAGGAGUAACCUACAUACUAAGCCUACUUGGUUAAUCUCAGACUUCAGUUUGUGUAUGAGAUUAAUCAAUUCGGCUCAGAGUAUAAGUUACUUUUAAAUUUUAGUAUUGUAAAUCCACACUCCAUCAUUCCAUUCAAAAGAUAAGUUGUCAGUUUCUCUAAAACAUUUAUUAUUCUACAGUUUCAUAAAAAAUAACCGUACAAAAAAUUGAUGUUUUCUUUCGCAGAUGUUUUAAUUUCUGAUUCUUUUUUUUUUUACAUCGACAUUAUUAAUUUUUGAAUACAUAUUUGCUUAUGUCAUUUGUAAAUCAAAGUAUCACAUAGCGAAACGCUUGUUUUACGAGAUGAAUUGCUUGGAAGAGUCCACGGUUCAAGUAAAAAAAAAAUUAUCUUACUAUGAUAAACUGGAUUAUAAAUAUUAUUUAUUUUACAUUUUUCUCAGUUUGUAACAUGUUUGUUUAAACGUUUAUUGGGUUAAUAAAUUGGUUAUCAAUAUAUAGUGAUUUCUGACAACAUCUAGUUUAUUUAAAGUAGUAUCGAGAUUGC